GAGCGCCGCGGCCCCGCCGCGCCUUUAAACCGCGGGCCGGCCGCGCUCGCGGGCACUCGGCGGCUGGCGGCGAGCGUGUGGCGCGCGGGCUCCUGAGGCGCUGCGACUCUCUGUGGCUCUUUCUCUCUCUCUCUCCUCCGGCUCUCUAGCGGGACCGCCGGCUCACGAGCUAGAGCCGAGCCCUAGGCAAGCGUUCACCCGCCCCUCUCCGCUCCGCAGCUUCCCCGAGCGUCGGGCGGAGAUGGAGCCCCGGCCCGCGGCGCCCUCGUCUGGCGCACCGCGGCCCGCCCGGGAUGGGGACGCGCCGCUGGCUGUCGCCGGGGUGGACCUGCCCGGGACUGCCGUGCCUUCCUCCGGUCGAGAGGAUGCUACGGCCGGGAGCCAGGCCGGCGGGGUGCGCGGAGAGGGAGCGGCGGCGGCGGGCGAUGGGCUGGGCAGACCUCUGGGGCCCACCCCCAGCCAGAGCCGCUUCCAGGUGGACCCGGUUUCCGAGAACGCCGGGCGGGCCGCGGCGGCUGCGGCGGCGGCCGGGGCGAUGGGCAAGGAGACCCCGGCGGCCGGGAAAGGCAGCAGUGAGAGCGGCGCUGCUAAGGGCAGCGAGGAAGCCAAGGGCCGCUUCCGCGUGAACUUCGUGGACCCGGCUGCCUCAUCGUCCGCGGACGACAGCCUGUCGGAUGCGGCGGGGGUCGGAGGCGACGGGCCCAACGUGAGCUUCCAGAACGGCGGGGACACGGUUCUGAGCGAGGGCAGCAGCCUGCACUCGGGCGGCGGCAGUGGACACCAUCAGCAGUACUACUAUGACACCCACACCAACACCUACUACCUGCGCACCUUCGGCCACAACACGAUGGACGCGGUGCCCAGGAUCGACCACUACCGGCACACAGCCGCGCAGUUGGGCGAGAAGCUCCUCCGGCCCAGCCUGGCAGAGCUCCACGAUGAGCUGGAAAAGGAACCUUUUGAGGAUGGCUUUGCAAAUGGAGAAGAAAGUACUCCAACCAGGGAUGCUGUGGUUACGUACACUGCCGAAAGUAAAGGGGUUGUGAAGUUCGGCUGGAUCAAGGGCGUAUUAGUACGCUGUAUGUUGAACAUUUGGGGUGUGAUGCUCUUUAUUAGAUUGUCGUGGAUUGUGGGUCAAGCUGGAAUAGGUCUCUCCGUCCUUGUAAUAGUAAUGGCCACUGUUGUGACGACUAUCACAGGAUUGUCUACUUCAGCAAUAGCUACCAAUGGGUUUGUAAGAGGAGGAGGAGCAUAUUAUUUAAUCUCUAGAAGUCUAGGGCCAGAAUUUGGUGGUGCAAUUGGCUUGAUCUUUGCCUUUGCCAAUGCGGUGGCAGUUGCUAUGUAUGUUGUUGGAUUUGCUGAAACUGUGGUGGAGCUGCUUAAGGAACAUUCCAUACUUAUGAUAGAUGAAAUCAAUGACAUCCGAAUUAUUGGAGCCAUCACAGUGGUGAUUCUUCUGGGCAUCUCAGUAGCCGGGAUGGAGUGGGAAGCCAAGGCUCAGAUCGUCCUCCUGGUGAUUCUUCUGCUGGCCAUCGCCGACUUUGUCAUAGGAACGUUUAUCUCACUGGAGAGCAAGAAGCCCAAGGGGUUCUUUGGCUAUAAAUCUGAAAUAUUUAAUGAGAACUUUGGACCGGAUUUCCGAGAGGAAGAGACUUUCUUUUCUGUGUUCGCCAUCUUUUUCCCUGCUGCAACUGGUAUUCUAGCUGGGGCAAACAUCUCAGGUGAUCUUGCAGACCCUCAGUCAGCCAUACCCAAAGGAACACUUUUAGCCAUUUUAAUUACUACAGUGGUUUACAUAGGAAUUGCAGUGUCUGUAGGUUCUUGUGUUGUUCGGGAUGCCACUGGGAAUGUUAAUGAUACCAUUACCACAGAGCUAACGAACUGUACUUCUGCAGCCUGCAAAUUAAACUUUGACUUUUCCUAUUGUGAAAGCAAUCCUUGUUAUUAUGGACUAAUGAACAACUUUCAGGUGAUGAGCAUGGUGUCAGGGUUCGCACCCUUGAUCUCUGCAGGUAUCUUUUCAGCCACGCUUUCAUCAGCUCUGGCCUCUCUCGUGAGUGCUCCCAAAAUAUUUCAGGCUCUAUGUAAGGACAAUAUCUACCCAGCUUUCCAGAUGUUUGCUAAAGGUUAUGGAAAAAAUAACGAACCUCUUCGUGGUUACAUCUUAACAUUCUUAAUUGCACUUGGAUUCAUCCUAAUUGCUGAAUUGAAUGUUAUUGCUCCAAUUAUCUCAAAUUUCUUCCUUGCCUCAUAUGCGUUAAUCAAUUUUUCAGUGUUCCAUGCGUCACUUGCAAAAUCUCCAGGAUGGCGUCCUGCAUUCAAGUACUACAACAUGUGGAUCUCCCUUCUUGGAGCGAUUCUGUGUUGCAUCGUCAUGUUUGUCAUUAACUGGUGGGCGGCCUUGCUCACCUACGUGAUAGUUCUCGGACUGUAUAUUUAUGUUACCUACAAAAAACCAGAUGUGAACUGGGGAUCGUCCACUCAAGCCCUGACUUACCUGAGUGCACUGCAGCAUUCAAUUCGUCUCUCUGGGGUGGAAGACCACGUGAAAAACUUCAGGCCACAGUGUCUUGUUAUGACAGGGUCUCCAAACUCACGCCCUGCUUUACUUCAUCUUGUUCAUGACUUCACGAAAAAUGUUGGUUUGAUGAUCUGUGGCCAUGUGCAUAUGGGCCCUCGAAGACAAGCUAUGAAAGAGAUGUCCAUUGAUCAAGCCAAAUAUCAGCGAUGGCUUAUUAAAAACAAAAUGAAGGCUUUCUAUGCUCCGGUUCAUGCAGAUGACUUGAGAGAAGGUGCCCAGUAUUUGAUGCAGGCUGCUGGUCUUGGUCGUAUGAAACCAAACACGCUUGUCCUUGGAUUUAAGAAAGACUGGUUACAAGCAGAUAUGAGGGAUGUGGACAUGUAUAUAAACUUAUUUCAUGAUGCUUUCGACAUACAGUAUGGAGUUGUGGUUAUCCGCCUGAAGGAGGGCCUGGACAUAUCCCACCUCCAGGGACAAGAAGAAUUACUAUCUUCACAAGAAAAAUCCCCAGGUACAAAGGAUGUGGUGGUGAAUGUGGACUGCAGUAAAAAGUCAGAUCAAGAUACUUGCAAGUCAUCUGGUGAAAAAUCCAUUACACAUAAAGAUGAGGAAGAGGAUGGCAAGACUCCAACUCAGCCACUGUUGAAAAAAGAAUCCAAAGACCCUGUUGCACCUUUAAAUGUAGCUGACCAAAAGCUUCUUGAAGCCAGUACACAGUUCCAGAAAAAACAAGGAAAAAAUACUAUUGAUGUCUGGUGGCUUUUUGAUGAUGGAGGUUUGACCUUGUUGAUACCCUAUCUUCUGACUACCAAGAAAAAGUGGAAAGAUUGUAAGAUCCGAGUAUUCAUUGGUGGAAAAAUAAACAGAAUAGACCAUGACCGGAGAGCGAUGGCUACUUUACUUAGUAAAUUCCGAAUAGAUUUCUCUGAUAUCAUGGUCCUAGGAGAUAUCAACACCAAACCAAAUAAAGAAAAUAUUGCUGCUUUUGAUGACAUGAUUGAGCCAUACAGACUUCAUGAGGAUGACAAAGAACAGGACAUUGCAGAUAAAAUGAAGGAAGACGAGCCUUGGCGAAUAACAGACAAUGAGCUUGAGCUUUAUAAGACCAAGACAUACCGGCAGAUCAGGUUAAAUGAAUUAUUAAAGGAGCACUCAAAUACAGCCAAUAUUAUUGUCAUGAGUCUCCCAGUUGCACGGAAAGGUGCUGUGUCCAGUGCUUUGUAUAUGGCUUGGUUAGAAGCUCUAUCUAAAGACCUGCCGCCAAUCCUCCUAGUUCGUGGGAAUCAUCAGAGCGUCCUUACCUUCUAUUCUUAAUUAUUCUGCACCUUGGACUGCCCUCCAGGAAUGGUACUUCAGUGCCUAGCGAAAGCGCUGAAAUCGUCAGUAACACCUUACUAUCACACUGGUGAACUGGGACUUUGUUUCAGUCUUCUUUAUUUGAAAGCACAGGGAAAAGCUGCCCCAAUGGUAGAUAUGCGUAGACUUGAGUUCUACUCUACUCCACAUCUCAGUCUCAGCGACUGCUUAGUCUUUCCCGUCGGACUGAAGCUCGUGAGAGUAAAGUUGUCCUUUGCUACUUGAAAGCAAUAAGAGUGUGUUAUUGUUUGAGUGAGGAAAGGAGUACAAAAGCCUUUAGCCUUGAGGUGCCUUCUGAAACUAACCAAAUUUCAUCCAUAUAUCUAUUGUCUUUUGUAAAUUUAUAGAAUGUUAAACUUUGCCUUCAGAUAUUUUUAUUUCUAAUGUCACCUUAAGCAGACACUCCUUUUCAUCUUCCAUUGACCAGUUAGUUCUGAGUACUGUGUGUUUUGUAUUCCUUUUGUAAAAGUAUCUGUUAGAUACUAAGGACAAACUAAAAAAUAUAUGGGGGAAAGUAUCCAAAAAAUGAAGCCCAAGUUUAGGUUUCUAUGAGUAUGUGUACAUGUAGAGCUAGGAAAUAGAGGCCCAAAACACCAUUUUUAACUCCAUUGAAAUUACGUAUUAUUUCUUGUAAAUCUUAGAGAAGGGUGAGGAUCUACCCAGUAUUUCCUAUAUGAUGCUGAAAAGUCACAUGUCCUUUUUCAAGCAAAAUCUGAGAUCAUUUGUAUUAUUUUUUAAAUGAUGUGUUCUAAUUGAGAAGAAUUCCUCUCAAAUGUGAGGGACUCUUAAGACAUGCUGACGGGUGUUUUUGGAGGAAAUUUAGAUAAAGAAAUGCCGUUUAGUAGAACAUUUUCAAUAAACACUACAGGAGCUUCACUAUCCUAUGCCAUCCUUUAUUUUUAAAAAAAUCAUUUAAAAUUUUAUCAAUGGUUAAAUGGACCACUGUUUUCUUAGUGGAAAUGGUUUUAGGCUUAAUUUAUUCAAGUGUCAAGUACAUUUAGUCUUAAUACACUCAGGUUUGAACAGAUUAUUCUGAGCAUUGAAUUUUAAUCCAUUCUUAAUACUUUAAACCUUCUGUGUUAAAGAAAACUGCCAGUUUGUGCGUUUGACCUUGUCGCCUACUCGAGCACUUGACAGUGUGGGGUGCUGUCCUGAAGCUUUAUCUGCAGUUCUUAAUGUGAAGUUUCUCAUUUUCCAGGGAAGGAUUUCCUGAACACAUUUCAAGGGAUUCGUGUCUUCAUGUCUGUGUGUGUGUGUGCAAUGCGUGCACAAGUGCACAUGCAUGUCUGUAUGUGUGUGCAAUGCGUGCACAGGUGCACAUGUAUGUGUGUGUGCAAUGCGUGCACAGGUGCACAUGCAUGUCUGUAUGUGUGUGCAAUGCGUGCACAGGUGCACAUGCAUGUCUGUGUGCAAUGCGCGCACAGGUGCACAUGCAUGUCUGUAAUGAGAUGUCUGUCACUGGGGUCUCCAACUUGAAAGUGACCACAGCUCAGUAGAUUACAGGUUUUUGUUUUAAUAAACAUUGAAGUCAGAUCAAGGGGUUACAGGUCUCAUGAGGACCAAGACAGUUUGAAGCUCAUAGGGUAGCUUCAUGUGGUUGUCCAGUUAGAUCCAGUGCUGCUGAGUAGGUGGUCAGCUUCAGGGGUGGAGAACAUGCAGGUUUCCGUCAUCUUGAGCAAAGUGUUAGGAAAGCAUUUUCAGUGGUGCAGUACUUCUGCUGCAUGAAUAUGACCUACGUUUAUACCAGCUGGAUGUCUGGUCAUUUCCAUUCAGAAAAUUAAAAAAAAAAAUGAAGUUAGGUGAUUUUUUUCCAAGGUUUUUUCCCUACAUUAUAAUACAACAUUGUUCCAUUUAUUUUAAGUUCUGCAGAGUUUGGAGGCAAUAUUAGAAGUGUCAUAUUCAAUAAACCAUAUCAUGCAUGAUUUUUCUGAAUGGAUAAUAAGGCCCAGGCUGACUGCUGCUGUCUUGAAAUGUACACAGGUACACUUGCCUUUUAUUUUUAAAGGUUUUUCCCCAUUCAGGAAAACUUGAUUGCGAUCUGUACUACAGAAACUAAAUGUCAUACAUCAUACAUUUGUGUCUAAAGUACAUAAAAUGGAUCUCAGUACACGUAAUAGGGAGGGUAAUAUUGUUUGUGAAACAAUGUAAGAAGCUUUCCUCUUUUAAAAACGUUACAUUCAUUUAACACUAGAUACCAGGUCAGACAUUUUCAAGGUUGCGGUAGUACUCUAAAACGAAAAGUUUCAACAAUUCUUGGAGAUGCUAGCUAGUAUUAAAGCUAUUUUUAUUUUAUGCUGAAUUUUGAUUAUUUUGAUGCCAAAUUAUUUUUUAGUCCUAAUCAUUGAUAAUAACUUGAAGAUAAUUAUGCAGUGGCAUUUGAACUCAUUGUUAUGAUGGGUAAAGAAUUUGUGGGUUCACAGAGAAUGUUGGUGUUGAUUAUUAACAGUUACUGAAUCAAAUAUUUAUUUGUUGCAAUGUUUCCUUUGUGCUUUAAGUCUUCCUUUAUGCUCUUUUCAUAUUGCUUUCUGACAUUUGUGUUUUUUUUUAAGACUAUGGAAAUAAUUUAAAGAGUUGAGCUCUGGUGGAUGAUUAUCUGCUAAGUUUGAAAAUAUAAUAUUUUGAUAAUACUGUACUGUUCCUGUCACAAAUGCUUUUGUAAUGUUUUAACCCUGAGUAUUGCAGUUGCUGCUUUGUACAGAAGUUACUGCAAUAAAGGAAGUGGAGUCAUUAAAA